UUUGCUCGCGUCCAGUUGGCUUUCUCCAAGCCCCGACCACGAUGAGCUCUCCCGCUGCCACGGCCGCCGACCAAUAGGGGGAGGAGAUGCCCCCGACCAAGACAAGUCGAGUAGAAGAGGAGCAUCAAGACGAAGACCAAGUGACUCGGGAGUCCUGCCCAACCCCCUCCCCCGCCGCAGCCGCCGCAGCCGCCAACGACUCCGAGGACGACCCGGAGGAUUUAACUGAGGAGGGACUGAAAGCGAGGAACGCUGUCCUGGCGGUGUCCAAGUCCGUCGUCGCCCUAGCCGCGUCCAUAGUGGGAGCAGAUGGGGAUCCCCCGUCCACCUUGGCCUGCACGGGCACGGUGGUCUCUCACGAGGACUCUGCGACCUGGAUCUUAACCUCUGCAACUCUCAUCAGGAAGCAGGGAAUCAACACCGAGGUACAUGAAGCAUCCAUUGCCAAGAUUGAGGUGCUCCUGCAUAACAAGAAGGUUGUCAACGGGCAGUUGCUCAUGUAUGAUUUGCAGUAUAAUGUCGCUGUUGUUUCCAUUGAUAUUCAAGCCAAUCUCCCUGUAGUGGUGCUCAGUGACCUCCCUGAAUCCUACUUCUUGACACCUAGUCCGGUGGUUGCCAUUGCCCGGAAAUUUGAGUCUCAAAGUUUGCAGAUGAAACGCGGUAACACAUGCCGCACAGUUAGCGACUUAGACUGUAAUGAACUUAUGAUCAGCACUUGCCAAAUUGAGCAGGUUUUCAUUGGAGGGCUUCUGAUAGAUUUAGAGGAAAAAAUUGUUGGGAUGAAUUUCAUAGACGAUGAAACUACUCCUUUCUUGCCAGUUCAGGUUGUUCGGGGAUGCCUGACACACUUUAAAAAAUUUCGGGAAAUCAAACAACCUUGGCUUGGAAUACGGGGACGAGCCCUUCACGUGUUGGAAUUAGCCAAGCUGGAGAAAAUAUGCCAUCGAUGCCCUAAGCCACAUUCCGGUAUUCUUGUGGAUAUGAUUCCUGAAGCAUCACGUGCAAAUUGUGAGGGCGUUGAGGUUGGUGAUAUCCUUAAUCAGCUUGAUGGAGUUGUUUUACACUCUCCAGGACAGCUCACUGCGAUGCUCCUAGACAAAAUGGUGGUUGCGAUGGAUACACGGAAACCAGUCGUCAUCAAGGCGUUCGUCCGGAGACCCAGGGAUGGUAUGACAUUUGAUGCAGACUUGAAAGUGAUGGAGCGCCCCCCUGGUGAAUGCGAUCUUUUAUUUAAAAACAGGUGGACAUUGCCCCAGCCAGAGAUGUAUUAUUGGGUCCCCGCGGAGACAGGUGAAUGGGUUGACGAAUCAGACUAAUUUUCAGCAGCGGGUGUAUGUCGUUUUUUCUGUAUAAUGUCGCAUGAUCAGAAGGCGAUAGUGAUACUAAUCUUCCAUCGCUGUACAAUGAUUCAGUUGACUGGGGAGGCAUGUCCGCCAGAUCGAAGAGAUGUUGUUCUAAGUACCUGCUGUCUUGAUCUUUUGAUGUGGGUUUUUUUAGUUCUGUGUACUCACGCCUAACCUAACGCUAUGUAACUGAUUGAUCUUAUGGUGGAACAACUUGUGAGCCCUUGGAUCUGCA